AUGUGGCAGGUGCAUCUGAGAUAUUCCUACUCUCGAGUCUUCACCACAUCACUUCACAUCAGACAGCUACCACAAGAAGUGACUAUUGCUCAAAUCAAAAUCUAUCAGCUCCCUCGGAGCCGGAAUCCCACCAUGGCAUCCAAAGUCCCAGCUCAUCUCCCGGAAGACCUCCCAUUGCCAGAUCCCAAGACAAUCGACCACUGCACCCAGGUGCAGAUCAGGUACUUGUGCGGCCACUCCAGCGGCGGUGAAUUCAUCAAAUGCCCCCAGCACAUGCGAACCGAAGAUGAACGCUGCUCCAGCAAGAGUAUCCGACACGUCGAUGGCAGGAUCUCCUCCCAUAAGUGUCGUGGCUGUCUACGCAGCGGAUAA